AUGACUCCGGCCGCCACCGCGUUACACUUGCCUAGUUCCGUUCUUCCAGACAGAGCAUGUGUUGUGUUUAAGGGGAGUCUAAGUGGGUCUCCUUUGGCCUGGUUAGCUCGUAUCUCUUCUAUUUCAUCUGAUCAUAACGGGUUUUUGAUUUCUGCAAAGAAAAGUACUGAAGGCCAAAGUGGUUAUGACGCUGAUACAUGGUUGUCCUCUUUGGAGGUGAAGCCCACGGGAUUGGAUAAUUCUCCGGCGCCCGUUCUCCCCGCAGAUCUAGAUUUGAUGGAAAUUCCAGAAGUGGGACCGAAAAACUCGACGAAGCUUGUGGAGCAUGGCAUUACUAGUGUGGCUGAUCUCAAGAAACUCUACAAGGAAAAGUUUUUUAGGAAACCGGAUCGGAUCAUGAUUGAGUAUAUAAAAUCCUCUGUUGGCAUUAAAUAUACAAACCACGCCAGGAGUAUAACCAGCUUCAUCAGAAAGAGCGUAAGUAAAGAAAUGAAAGAAGGUGGUGUCAAUUCUGAAACUGCGAUCGUAAGUAAAGAAACUAAAGAUGGUGGUGCCAAUUCUGAAACUGCGAUCGAAAGUAAAGAAACGAAAGAUGGUGGUGCCAAUGCUGAAAUUGCGAUUCCAGUUCCAACUACAGCCCCAAAGAAAAAGGUUAAAGAAGCUCGCCGCAAGCCGCAAGUGACUAAUUGAAUCAUUAUAAGAUGCAACGUACACAUGGUUUUGGUUGUUAUAUACAUAAUAUAUUAUAUAUUAUAUUAUCAAACCUCCUCGUUUAAGCUACUACUUGACACAGAUAGUAGUGAACAUGCAGGGUUGGAUUUGGAAUAUUGUAUUUGCUUGUAUGAUAUGGAAAUGCGAAUAAUAUUAGCUUUUAUGGUAUAUGACUAUAUGUGUCGUGAGUGACAGAUGUGGUGGAGUCUUAAAAACGGAUAGAUAAUAUUGAAGUUGGUUAUACAAAGUAUAUUUUGAUGUGGAAUAACCCUGAUUGCUUCAAAAGAGCUACUUGAUGCAUAUUAGAGCCUCUUAAAUUAGGCUGCAACACCGUUUGAACUAAGAAAUGUUUGUUGGGGUAAUAAAUCUUGACUGGAUAAGAAAUCAUAUUAUUUGAUUGUAUAUGUGACUGAAUGUGGUGAUUAAUGAAAAAUGAUCAUUUUACCUUGUUGUUAUAUAUAGUGAUGAAUAAAAUUGCUG